UUCAUUCGAUAAUUUCAUUUCUCUCUCCAGGAUCCGGGCGAUUCCAUUGCAUUCUAAUUGCCAUCCAUUCAUUCAUUGCUUUGUGCUGGACACUUUUUUUUAUAUCAAUAUGCUUGCCUCAAUCUUAUACAGUGCAGCGCUGCUGUCCCUCGCCAAUGCUCACGGUCAAAUAUUAGCCGCAGUGGGUGAAUCAGGAACCAGUGUCGGUUUCCAAGUUGAUCCUUCUAUUCCCAGAAACUGCACGACUAUCAGCCCUUGCCAACAAGACGCCACCAUCAUCAGAGAUGCUGAGAUCAGUGCCAACAUCGUGAAUGAGUGUGGUCGUACAGAGUUGACUGGUAACAUCGACGUCGGCGAGAACACUGAAAAUGCUCUGGCAGCAGGAGCCGUGACCCAAGUCAAGGCUGGAACAGUCAUGACUGUCACUAUCCAUCAAGUCAAUGCCGAUGGAGCUGGCCCUUACGUCUGUGAUAUGGACCAGACCGGUAACUCCCUGGCUACCGGACAAACCAACUUGACUGUCACCAACAAUGUUCCUGGUGUCAACGGUUUCUCUCAAGCCAAGUUCCAAGACUUCAACAUCUCUGUUGCUCUGCCAUCUGAUCUUGCAUGCGCUGGAGCUUCAACGGGUAACGUCUGCACCAUCCGCUGCCGUAACAACGCUCUCGCAGGACCAUUCGGUGGCUGCUUCGCGGUCCAACAAACCGAUACCGCUGCCAAGACCAACGUCGCCAACACAAUUUCAACCGCUCAAACCCUCGAGGGAAUCAAUGAGCAGAUUCAGCACAACCAAGCUGACCUCGGUGCUGCUCUCACCGCCAACGCCAACGCUGGAAGCACCGAUGGUCUCGCAAACGCUAAGGCGGCUGAUGCUUUGGCUGGCCUUUCAGUCACUUCCAAGGCUGCUGCUGUUCAAACUGUAGUUGUCGAGACUAAUGCAGCGGCAGCUGUUGCUACUGCAAGCGCUACUACAACUUCAAAAGCUUCCAAAGCUACCGCAACAGCCGCCACAGCCAAGAGCGGCAAAGGAAAGAACAACAACAAGCGAGAAAGCCCCUUGAAGUGGGCGAAGAGAGUUGUUGACGAGAGCUUGUAGGUGGCUGAGCAAUGGUCGGUGAUUGGAUUGGAGAGGUAUUGGGUGGGAUAUGGGCUGUAUUUAUGUAGAUUGGUUCGGCGGCGUAUGUAGAUGAACUUCUUGUAUCAAUUUCUUAUCGAAUGCU